AUGCCGCCGGGAGGCCCGGCUUGUAUAACAUGCCGUGAAAAGUGUCGCAAAUGCGACCGGACAAAACCCGUUUGUCAAAGAUGUGUGACCAAAGGCUUGGAGUGCAAGGGAUAUCCGGAAAAGUUCCGCUUUGCAGGGAUAGCAACCCGGGGCAAGUGGAAGAACCGGGCGGUCCCUGCUGUGAGCAGUGACCGUGCUGUCUCGACCCAGCCAGACAUCGAAACCGAUCAUCCAGUUGCCAACUAUAAUAAUUCUAAUCAGCAGCACCUAUGUGCUUCGACCCCACGCAAGAAUGAGGAUACUGACCCACUGCCAAUUCUUGAUCACUCCUGGCCACAGCCAGAAGGGCGAGCCGUGGAGUUAGAUGAUUUAUUAAUGCUAGAACGGACGGAGGUGUUGUUGACACAUUGUAUUUUCGAAUCGGGUAUCUCCACCCACGGAGUUCAUAUCACAGGUGCACUGUCGAUUUGCAACCAGUUGCGCUUGUGUGAUACACUUUCCACGGAAAAUGAACGAACAAUCUUCUUCCUAGGGAAUCUAGCAUGGCAAGUAAUCUCAUAUCACCUCAUUUCUAACGCAUGUCCUACUAGGCUAGACAUCAUUCGUUCGCUUGCAGAUCCACAAAGACUCUGCUUCCCUCCGGAGCUUCGUGAAGCUGUAGCCACUUUGAGCGACUUGAAAUUCGAGCGAGUCAAUGGCUGUCCUCGCGAGAUGUUCCUGGUCAUGGGGAAUGUCAUAGAAUAUGCCAAGGCGCAUGCCAUGGGCAAGAUGGCAACAACCGAAUACGAGCGGCACCUCAAUAUUUGCCGGAAUGAGUUCUACUCCUGGCGGUUGAGGACUGACAGAUACCCAAACGAUGAUCCUCGCUGGCCUGCAGUUGCCGAGGCAUUCCGUCACGCAUGCAUAUUGCACACAUCUCGCUUGUUGGAUGUCACCGAACCGGCUGAAGCGCCGAUAAUACAAAAUUCCGUCACAGCGAUUUUAGACUCCUUGGCGGAAAUCCCCGCAGACUGCCGUCUGAUCGAGUUGGUGGUCAUGCCACUUUUCAUGGCUGGGGCCGACGCUUUAUCUCCGUACGCUCGGCAUUACGUUCUUCUGCGGUUCGACCAUAUCCGUGCUCAUGGUGGAGUGAGUAACCAUAUGUCCAUUUCUCUGCUCAAGUCUGUCUGGGACGGCCGAGGUAGACAGAGAAAAAAUGACAGCAGCAAUGUUCCAUGGAUCUGGGUUACUCGCGAUGCGGCAUCGGAGCGGCAACAUGACUAUCUUAUUAUAUGA